AUGGACAGAGCAGCAGAAGGAAAUCGGACAGCCCUUGCAGAGUUCAUCCUGCUGGGAUUUGGGGAUCUUCAUGAGAGGCAGAUCCUUCUCUUUGUGCUGUUUCUAGCUGUCUACAUCAUGACGUUAGCUGGCAACAUCCUCAUAUUGGCCAUCAUCUCAUGCAGCAGGAGCCUGCAUACCCCGAUGUACUACUUCCUGGGAAAUUUCUCCUUCCUUGAGAUCUGGUACACAGCUUCUACCACCUCCAAGAUGCUAAGAACUUUACUCACUGCACACGAAGCAAUCUCCUUCUUGGGCUGCAUCACCCAGUCUUAUUUCUUCAGUUCCAUGGCUAUCACUGAGUGUUUCCUCCUGGCGGUGAUGUCUUAUGACCGGUAUGUAGCCAUCUGCAGCCCGCUCCGUUACAGGGCCAUCAUGAACUCCAAGGUUUGCCUGCAGAUGGCAGCAGGUUCUUGGAUAAGUGGGUUCCUGACUCCCAUAGUAACCAUUGUCUUGAUCUUCAGGUUGCCAUUCUGUGCCUCCAAUGAAAUUGACCAUUUCUUCUGUGACCUAGCACCGGUCAUGAAGCUCUCCUGCACUGAUGCCCAUGUGGCCAAGACAACCACAUUCAUCAUGGCCUCUGUUGUGACCAUGGUCCCAUUUCUGCUGACUGUAGUAUCCUAUGCCAACAUCCUGUCCACCAUUCUCAGGGUCCCUUCCACCAUGGGGAAACAGAAAGCCUUCUCCACCUGUUCCUCUCAUCUCAUUGUGGUGACCUUGUUCUAUGGGACCUCAGGCAUUGUUUAUGUGGUUCCCACGACCAGCCAGUCUCCGGGCCUAAAUAAAAUGUUCUCCCUGCUGUACAUGGUGAUUACCCCUAUGGUUAACCCCAUUAUAUACAGUCUGAGAAACAAGGAGGUCAAAGAAGCUCUGAGGAAAAUUAUAAGUAAAAGGCCUAAUUGA